GCCAGUUUUUCGGGAAGGCAGGUUUCUCCCCCGGGCUGGUGUGGUGGCUCGGCUUGGCUCUAUCGAGAGUCACUCGGGGCCAUCCGAACCGCGAGUCGCCGGUCGUCGGAACGGCGAGACUUUGGAACGUAUGCCUUCACCUUCGCGAGGCUACCAGAGCUGCCACUGUGGGCCGCUCACGCAUUUUUGUGCACCGCGUCCGUCUUCGGGCCAUCGUCGCCUCCUUGCUCCCCCUAAUGACCCGCGCGUGACCGUGUCGCAGUGAAAGUGAGCUGGUUGCUCGCCGCGCGACGUAGCCGAGGCCUCCGAAAGUCACAGUGUUCGACAGGAAAGCGCCGCAACCGGCCCAGACCACCGCCAACACGGAGGAUUUACGGGUCACAUCGCCGCUGGAGAAUAGAGUUCACUGGCCCUGGGCUCGGUUGGGCCCGCACCUGCCGACCAAAUGUGACUCCACAAUGGAAAAGCGGGAUCGCCUCCUGGACAUUCCUUGUAGAGUCUGCGGCGACAGGAGCUCAGGGAAGCACUACGGAAUAUACAGCUGCGACGGUUGCUCGGGCUUCUUCAAGCGCAGCAUCCACCGCAAUCGGGUUUACACGUGCAAGGCCCAGGGCGAGCUGAAGGGCAAGUGCCCCAUCGACAAGACCCACAGGAACCAGUGCCGGGCCUGCAGGCUAAGGCGGUGCUUUGAGGCCAGCAUGAACAAGGACGCAGUGCAACACGAACGUGGGCCAAGGAAACCCAAGGUCAAGGAGUCUGGCGGCGAUCCUACGGGACACGGAGUAAAGGUACCGCACCCGGCGGCUGGCGGUGGUGGUCUAUUGCUGUCGGGGUUGUCCUUCCCAUCGGGAAAGCCGCCGCCCCCACCGGCGCCUCCGCAGCCUCCCAUGUCGGGCCACUUCGACCCUUCGGCGGCCGUCAUGACCGCAGCCGUGUCCUCUUCGCCCGGCGGCGACGGCGGGCCCCCUUCGUCGCCGAUGUUCCCUAAGGACGGCUUGAUCGGCUCCGCGGGUCUCCUGCAGAUGCUGCUGAACGCGGAACGCUCCCAGGAACUCAUCUGGAACAGCGCGAGGAUGGGAGGCGGCGGUGGUGGUGGAGGCACCGGCGCGAACAACGCUUUCGGCGGUCCACCUUCCGGGCUGUCGGCCAAGCUCGGUACCGAAGGCGGCCUGUCCGCCUUCUCACUGCUCUCAUCCACCACGCACCCGUUCGGUUCGCUGGAGGAGGCGGUCCUCCGCCAGCGACUGCAGGGCUCCGGAGUGACGCAGCCAUGCCCCUGGAGCAGCACUGGGGGAGGAGGGUCGGUGCAAGAGGUCACGGCCAGGUUGCUCUUCAUGGUCAUCCGCUGGGUGAAAUGUCUGCCAACGUUCCAGACGCUAUCCAAAAGCGACCAGGUUACACUGCUGGAGGAGUCGUGGAAGGACCUGUUCCUCCUCUACAUGGCCCAGUGGUCGGUGGCAGCCGACAUCGUCUCUUCGCUGCCGGGCCUCAAAGGGGGUGGUGGCCCUUCGCCAACGGCCGCCGCUUCGUUGCGUCUGCACCAGUCGGACGGCCUGGAUGGCCCACCGUCGUCGCCCCAGCACGCCGCCGAACUGCACUACAUCCAGGACGUGAUGCGUCGACUGAGGCAGCUCUCGCCGGAUGACACCGAGUGCAGCUGCCUCAAGGCGGUCGUACUGUUCAAGCCUGAGACUAUCGGCCUGUGCGACGUGCACCCGGUGGAGAUGCUGCAGGAUCAGGCGCAGUGCGUACUGGGCGACUACAUCCGACACAAGCACCCGCGCCAGCCAACCCGCUUCGGCCGCCUACUGCUGCUGCUGCCCAUCCUGCGGGCCGUGUCGGCGGCCACUGUCGAGCGGCUCUUCUUCCGGGACACCAUCGGCAACAUCCCCAUCGAACGCAUCCUAGGGGACAUGUACAACAUGGAGAAAGUCGACUGAAGUACGCGUUUCAGGGCAUGCUGCGAAAAAAUGCCUCCGUGACCCCCGCCCGACAGAAGCAGGAACCAGUAUUCUCAGUGGCAAUGAGGCAAACGCUGCUCACACCGAAUGGAUAUUCCAUGCACCAGCGUUCCGAAGGGACGUCCGACCAACUGCAUCGCAGCAGCAGCAGCGCGAAGCUGGUUGAAACGUGCCAACGGAGCAUUUACUUAUUGAGGCAGCAUUCGUUUGUAGUGAACUUAUGUCAAACGUUACCUCUUCCGGGUGUGACAUUGGUUCGUCGGUCACAGCAACUGAAUCGCUAAAUGCCGCCAUCUCAAACGGUCACAUGUACACGAAUGAACGAAGCCAGUGAGAGUUCCACAGCAAGCUCGCUGCCUGUCAGAACUCCUUCGAGUAUCCUGAGCGUCAUCAUCAAUGUUUCAAGAUGCCCAGUUUAACUUGAACUUUGUUCAUGAAUGCAAUUAUUGUGUACACGCGAGUGGCAGGAAGUCAGAGACUGGGCAACCUCGUAUGAAGGGUCAUUUUGGAAGAAUAUAAAGAACUGACCUCGAGUGCUAACGACGGAGGCAGCGCCGCGUGACACUUAGACAACUGUAAUCACAAUUUGUGUAUCUAAAGCAGCGAGGAAACACACAAGCUGCAUUGGUGGCAUCCGUGAUCAUUUGCUCCGGUUUGAGAAGAUUAAUUAGGCCAGGUAAACGAAUGAAGCCGGAAGACGACGAAGAACGAAGACGACGUUCACUUGCAGCCGGUUCGGAAUCAGCACCAACAUAAUUUCGGACAAAUUUCAGCGUUGCGUAUCACGAGCUUUACAAAUGCCUCACUUACAAGUCACAUUUGAAGUGGGUUUUCGUAUCGUGAAACACCCACACAAGGACAACUAUACGACCCGCUGCUACCGUUAUGCGCAGCAGAGCUGGAAAUAUUCAGAGCUGGGCCGCUGGUGCGUUACUAGAAGGAGAAUAAAAUGUGCGUGCGUAUGUGCUUUA